AUGAAGAAAAAUGGCAGAAAAUCGAGAGAGUCAAGAGAUAAGCAGGGCCGCAGGUCGAGAGCAGGUGGAAGACAGCAGGCGGUGUUGGCCGGAGCUCUUCAGGAUCACAUCAUCCGGAGUGUUACACACCUCCAGCACCGCAACCGUCCCUCACCUUCCACACGGCUCACACACACUCACACACACACUCACACACACACUCACACACACACACACACUCACACACGUCGUGAUGAUGAACAAGAGUUUGUGCUGGACUCACCUCAGCCUCCGCUCACACUCGCUCAGAAGCUGGGUUUAGUCGCAGUUCCCAGCAGAAGAAGGCUGACUGUAAACGAGUGGACGGAGGUGAAAUCUCGCUCUCUAAUGAACGGAGACUCCUCGCAGCCCUGCGUCAUCUGCACCGAAGAGUUUCGCCUCCAGCCACAGGUCCUGCUUUCCUGCUCUCACGUCUUCCACAGAGUGUGUUUAAGGAAGUUUGAGUGCUUAUCGGGCAGGAGGUGUUGUCCGCUGUGCAGGACGGAGCAGUAUGAGACUCGAGUGAUACACGACGGAGCGAUACUCUACAGGGAGAAGUGUGCUCGCAGGAUUCAGGCCUGGUGGCGGGGCUGCGUCGCGCGAACGUGGUACAGAGGCGUGAGGAAAGUCGUGCCACCCAGUGACCCGCGAUUACGCCGUCGAUUCUUCGAAGAGAAGUUUCAGGAGUUAAACGAGAGCCUGGUGCGCUCGUGCCACAGCGACGUCGACUCGUUUCUGCGUGACAUCGACCGGAGCGUCACCCAGAGCCGAGACGUCUUCCACCUCUUCGAUCGUCUCCACACCAGCGCAGGGACGGAAGAUGACGAGUGGAUGAAGGCUCAGGAGAAGGCGGUCCAGCGGGACACUCGUGACUGUCCGAUCUGUCUGACUCCUCUGAGUAACACACACUCGUCCUCUCCACUCGUCCUGCUUUCCUGCUCCCAUGUGUUCCAUCAGUCAUGCCUGAGGGCGUCUGAGCACUUCUGCCAGCAGGGCGGCGCAACCUGCCCUCUCUGCCGCUCUCACUAUGUCUCUGUGCCUGUUUAUGACUUCACCCGCUAAAAUACCUCACAAGGUAUGACCGUGAUUGCUUUGCAUACUGAAUAACUAACAAACAUG